GUUAGGCACACGAGAGGAGGCCCCCGCGCACCGGGUGACGGCCGGCGAACGGCCGGGCAUUGCGGCGGCUCCCCCGACGCGGAGGUACCGUUAGGAUAGGGCGCUUCCCUUGCUCCCCUUGUGCCUGGCACGGGCUGAGGUGCAGAGACUCGGUGUAGGGUCCGUGUUCAUCCCGGCUGCUGCGGGAGGGUCCCCCUCUAUGGGCUUCCCGGAGAGCGGCGGAGCCCAGCCUGGAGGAGUCGCGUGGCUGGCGCUGGCCGAUCUUUUCCUCUGUCGCCUGCGGUCACUUCGCCACAGGAACAGGACCCCCGGGCUCCCUUGCCCGCAGACCGGGAUCGCACGGACAAAGGCUUUUUGCUGUUGUGGCUAGGGGUGUUUUGGGCGCAGCGCUUCUGCCCGGUCUCAGCCCUACUGCCACGGCUGGAGCGCUCGGAGUCCUCGGUACGGGCUGCGAGCGGAGCGGCUGCGUCCCUGCACGCCGCACCGGACCGCGGCGGUCCGCAGGCUCUCCAGACCCGCGGACAGGGCACCCGUUCUGGCAGGCUGGGGGACUGGGGAUUCCGUGCUCCCUUUCCUUCAUACCGUGCUUGGAGCUGGUCUGAGCCUCAGCUGCACUCCUCCAGGUUCUGCGCUGCAGGCUAGCAGCCCCCGAGCCCCACUAAGCCCCGCUGGAGAGCAGUGAAUGAUAGGGAAUAGGUGCCAUCCCUUUGGCCUCGCUCAACACACUUAGUCACGGCCAGUCAGCCAGCUGCAGCGUGUGUCACCGCAGCGAUUGACACCUUGCUGGCCACCUACAGCUGAUGAGGAGCAGCAGCCCCACCGCUGGCACACAGCACGCAGGCUCACCUGCAGCGCUGCAGUGCCCGUCGCCACCCUCGCCACGGCUUGGAGUCUGCUGCUUCUUGAAAUUUGGAGAGCGACCUCAACCGAAGCGGCUCACUAGGGAAGCAAUGCGAAAUUACCUGAAGGAGAGAGGGGAUCAAACAGUGCUAAUCCUCCACGCCAAAGUUGCGCAGAAAUCAUAUGGGAACGAGAAAAGGUUCUUUUGCCCUCCUCCGUGUGUGUAUCUCAUGGGCAGUGGAUGGAAGAAAAAAAAAGAGCAGAUGGAACGGGAUGGUUGCACAGAGCAGGAGUCACAGCCCUGCGCCUUCAUCGGCAUCGGGAACAGCGACCAGGAGAUGCAGCAGCUGAACUUGGAAGGAAAGAACUAUUGCACUGCCAAAACCUUGUACAUAUCAGACUCAGACAAGAGAAAGCACUUCAUGUUGUCAGUGAAAAUGUUCUACGGCAACAGCGAUGACAUCGGCGUGUUCCUUAGCAAACGGAUCAAAGUCAUCUCCAAACCUUCUAAAAAGAAGCAGUCAUUGAAAAAUGCAGACUUAUGUAUUGCGUCAGGGACAAAAGUGGCACUAUUUAACAGACUUCGAUCCCAAACAGUUAGCACCAGAUAUUUGCACGUGGAAGGUGGCAAUUUCCAUGCCAGUUCACAGCAGUGGGGAGCAUUUUACAUUCACCUCUUGGAUGAUGAUGAGUCAGAAGGAGAAGAGUUCACAGUGAGAGAUGGCUACAUCCAUUACGGGCAGACGGUCAAGCUUGUGUGCUCAGUCACUGGCAUGGCACUCCCAAGACUGAUCAUUCGCAAGGUAGAUAAGCAAACAGCGUUAUUGGAUGCAGACGAUCCAGUAUCGCAGCUCCAUAAAUGUGCAUUUUACCUUAAAGACACUGAGAGAAUGUAUUUGUGCCUUUCCCAGGAGAGAAUAAUCCAGUUUCAAGCCACUCCAUGCCCAAAAGAACCAAAUAAAGAGAUGAUCAAUGAUGGAGCUUCUUGGACAAUCAUUAGCACGGAUAAAGCAGAAUACACCUUUUAUGAGGGGAUGGGACCGGUGCAUGCUCCAGUGACACCUGUGCCUGUUGUAGAAAGUCUACAGUUGAAUGGUGGCGGGGAUGUAGCAAUGUUGGAACUUACAGGACAGAACUUCACUCCAAAUUUACGUGUCUGGUUUGGGGAUGUGGAAGCUGAAACCAUGUACAGGUGUGCUGAGAGCAUGCUGUGCGUGGUGCCAGACAUCUCUGCGUUCCGCGAGGGCUGGCGCUGGGUGCGGCAGCCGGUGCAGGUGCCAGUGACCUUGGUGCGCAAUGAUGGCAUCAUCUACUCCACCAGCCUGACCUUCACCUACACACCAGAGCCAGGGCCACGGCCACACUGCAGCGCAGCCGGGGCCAUCCUCAGAGCCAACUCCAGCCUGAUGGCCUCCAGUGACACGAACGCCAGCAGCGAGGGGGGCUACACGAGUGUCAGCACAAACCCCACUAGCGUCACAUCCUCCACAGCCACCGUGGUCUCCUAACUGCUGCUGCCUGCCUGGACUUCACUGACUCUGAGGUGCUCCACUCAGCAGAACUGAACAACUCUUGUGGUUUCAUGGGAAAAACACCUCUCCAGUUUAGGUGAUGCUGUCUGAUCCUUGCUAUACUUGCAAGUGCUGAUCUGAAAUACAGAAGCCACAAUAAAAAAACAAACAAACCAACGAAACCAUCCCAAACAUAUAAGAACUUUAUUGAAAAAUCUAUUUUUCAGCUGGUUUUUUGGUUUUGUUUUUUUUUUUUUUUAAUGGGCAAGAAAAAACCCCACAAACAAGUGACUGGGAUACACAUUGAGCAAACCAGAAAACAUGAACACGACCUAGUUUUUAUGGACCAAGGAACUUGUAUAAGCUUUAGUAUAAAAGGUACAUUUUCACCAUACCUUUUUUGUAUCACAACAUAUAGUACACUUUUGUUACCAAAUAGUUUCUAUUUUUUUUCCCCCCCCUCUGAGCUUUUGCUCUGAAGUAUAUUCAGGUUCCAAGCCUGACCAUGCUUGUAUAAUCUAGUUACCAUACUCUUCCAGUUUUAAAAUGACAAAAAAAAGAAAAAAGGAGAGAAAAAAAAAAAAAAGAAAAAAAAUAUAUUUUUGGUCUGUGGCUGGAACUGUUCCUUUUUUUAAACUGAAGUCUUGUGACUUUUUAUGAACUGAAAUGGUUUUUAUUUCAGCAAGUAGAACCUUGUAAAGGCCAGCAUAUUUUUUUUAAGAUUAUAUGAAGUCUGUGCAAAAGCUUUAAAAAAAAAAAGAAACACAAAAAAAAAGAGAAAAAAAAGAAUGCCUCUGCCUUGCCUGCAAUACAUGCAAUGUAUGUUAACUUUAGUGCUCUGUUUCAGUCAUUGUUCAUAGUGUUUCUAUUCUCCUUUUUUUUUUUAAUGUGUAUUUAUAGUGAUAAUUCCUGAGGUUCUAACAUUACAUGAGGUUGUUUUUGUUUUGUUUUGUUUUUUCAGUGGCAUCUCAAGCAGCAGUCGUGUUAAUGAUUGUUGGUGUCACAGGCAUCCCUUGGUGUUUGUGAAGGGUUGUUACUGGGUUACUCCCUCCCUUCCUCCCCAGCCCUGCUCCCUGCUCAGUCCUGUUGCAUCUGAAAACGUUUCAGGUUCUGUUCCAGUUUUUCUAACCUUGUACAUAAUUUGUAUGAAGUGUAAGUUAAAUGUUUUAUUUCCAGAGUGGAAUGUCCCCAAUGACUUCAUUUGGCAGUGUGUCUUCUGUCCUGUUGGCAUGUGACUACCAUGCCCUGGGCAGCGUGUGCUGCAGGUGGGACUGGCAGGUGGUGCCUUCCCUUACCUGAGGUCACAGCAGUGUGUUUUCCUUCAUCCUGCUCGGUGAGCUAGGCCAGACUGUGGUGGGACACGUGUGUAGGGGGUGUGCUCUCCCUGUGCAGUGCCCACACCAUCACAGCUAGGAGUACAUCCUGCUGCUUAGGAGCGGGCGAGUGGAAAAUCAUCGAAGCACUAUGGAGAUGUCAGCUCCUCCCAUCCUCAUUUCCUGUGGGUUCCGCUUUCUCUGCCAACAGCUCGUGCAACGUCCAAGUCUUCUCUCCAUCAUAAACUCAAGGCUCAUUUGCACUUUGACUUUGUUGGUUGUUGCAUUUGUUUUCUGUGUUGGCUUUGCCAUGUUUUGUCCCUCCUUAUAGCCCUGCCUGCUUCAUUUGUGUUUGAGAGUGUGCCCCAGUAGCUCGCUGGUAGUGGCAGAACUAGGCAUAGGCUCCUGGAGCCAGCUCUGACAGUGUCACCUUCCUCUCUAAAGCCAACAUACAGAGUUCAUGGUGUGCUCAGCCUUUUCAAUACCCUGCUCUGCGAAUCACACCAUUCUACACACUACUGCAUGAAUCUGGACCUGUGGCUCCCUGCAGUGCACUGCUCACCAGCAUGUCUGGUGGCCAUGCCUGUAGGGUUUGUGUUUCUGACCACUGGUUCCAGUUUGAGUGUCCAGCACCCUUUGGGAGCAUGGUCUGCACCAUGUGGGCUUGCUCUGAGGCUCCAUUUGGCUUGUUUGCCUCAGUGCUGCGCUCUGUGUGUUGGAGUGCUUUGAUCAAGGGCAGAAAAUGGGUUACAAAGACAGCUUAGUGCAUGGUGAAGCCAGGGCCACUCCUGCUGCACCUGCUUGUGCUGCACCACGGGCCUGUGUCCUGUGCUGUUACAGACCUGCUUCCUGGCACUGUCCCCGUGCUGGUUCUGAGCACUGGUGACCCUGCCUCGCCUCAUCCCUGUGCCGUGACCAAGGGCAGGACUCAUUGUGGCCUUAUCUCUGUUUUACUGUUUACUGGCACUGACUCGCAGCUCUGUUUACCUGUGUGUGUGCUAUGGGAUUUUGUUGUGUUGUGGCAGGAAUCAUUUCACAAGGUUUUGUUAGAAGCACAGCAGUGUCCUACCGAGGGGCUCGAGCCACAGAGUGCAUCACUAAUUAGACUGAGAAUUAAUUAAGAGAUCUCUAGUGUCAGACCAGGUGGGUACUCAAGAGCAAGCUAUGGUAUACACACAGCAGGCAAACCCUAUCAAGCCUUGUAACCUUCAAAGACUGUUGAAAAUAGCUUCUCAGAACUUGACACCUGCUUUUAUACUCAUUAUUUUUACAUUUUUACGUGUAAAUGCAAUACUUUUUUAUAUUCAGUUUCUCUACCUACGGUAACUGUGCCCAGUAGCUGUAAUAUUCCUUACCUUGUAAAGAACUUAAUGGCUUAGCCUGAUUUCUGCUGUUCUACACACUACAGCCAGGUGGGUGAGAAAAGAGACCAUGCUGUUCUGCUCACAAGACCAAUUUAACCCCCUUUCCCCCAUGGUCUUGUGGCUCCCUUAGUGCUGGUGGUUGCUCCAUAGCACAGAAAUGGUCUUCCGGGUCCUUGCUGCUGGUGAGAUCUUUCAGAGGGGUUUUCUUCCCAAGCUUCUCCCUGCGGGGUGAUAUUGUUACAUUCACUUAGCCUUUUAAGCUGUUAAUCGGUUUUCAUGAGACUAGUGAUAUCUCAAAAUGUUGAUAAGAUCCUUGUGGAAGGUUUGUGUGUGAAGCUGUUGUAGCUGUGCCAGUCUGGCUGGUCAGUCUGCUGGUCUCUGUCUGCACAGGCAUCGAGUUUGUGUUCAGAAUGUUGAAAGUUCCAGCUCUAGGAAGAAAAAGCACCUGAAGUGCUCCAAUGUAGCUUUGCCUUUUCCUGUUCUCUGUUGUUUGGAAGUGCAUUUCAGAAUUCAACACUAGCAAACUCUCUGAUCUCAACCUGCUGCUGACGUUUGCCUGGUUCUGUGCCCUGAGGGCACCCCACGCCUGUCUCAGUGAUGGGAUCCUGUCCCUCUCCUUGCACAGACUGACAGGAUCUGAAAGGUCACCUGGAAACACCAAAUCCAGACCUAAAUCAGUGCGUUCCCCAUGUACAGAAUGCUAAUGCCAAGUGAAACAAAUUAGCUACUGGAAGUGAGCUCCCCACUUGUAGAUGAAAUGACUCCAUGGAGGUGUCCAUCUUGAAGCCGAGAUGCUCUUCGGUUCCUAACCUUCUUCCUUACUCUCCAAAGCAGCUGUGUCUAUGAGUACUGAACAAAUGUCUGUGCUUUUCUGUGCCAGACUUUGGACUUUUGUUUUCAAGCACUGUACUGUGGGAUUGAGUGGCAGCUUUGUUAGAAGUACAUUAGGGUUCCUACUUAACCCUUUUAGGACUGAACAAUCUCUUCCCUUCAGAAGCUGAAAGUAAGGAGCAAUUCUCUAGCUCUGUCAGCAUUCUAUCUGCCCCCCUCCCAGGUGCUAUGCCAUUGCUAUUCUGUACACCUCAUAGCUUGUUCAUGCAUUCAGUCUUAAAAGGGUUAUUUUUUACAAACUGUGCACAUGUAAAGUUUCUUAGCAAUAAGGUAGAAAAAAAUGAGCAAGUUUUUACCAGAAUUUUGUAGAAGUAAUUGCUCAGUUCCCUAUUUCGUCAAGAAAACCCCUGCAGUGUGGGCAGUUCUGAGGAUUAAAUAAAAGUGAAAUGUAAACCACA